AGUCAUCUAGCUUGUGCGCCCAGUCGGCUUAGCGUGCGAAAUUACUUUGAAUUUCGUUGGGAAUUUACUUACACUCUAGGAAAACUAUUCUCCUCCAUCGUUAAGGUAAGUUGAUUUAAACUUGACUGUCUCCGAAAGACGAGAUUUCGGAUCAAAGAAGCGAUUUAUUUGUCUUCGUAUCUACUUCCUGCUAAAAUACAAUGCAAGCCUUAUUAUUUUAUCGUUCCCUUAUUUGUUUUUGAUAAACACAUAAUUUUUAACCCUUUUUGACUAAGUACCAACAACCAACUUAGGUUUCUUUUAGAAUUCGAAAUGCCAUGCCGUGAUCGAGCGAUUCGCUUUUUGUAAAGGGAGCAUUUGUUUUUCAGACGGAAGCUCGUGUUAAUCUGGUUCACUUUCACACUUUCAUUGAUUUUGAAAUUAAAUUGCAUCCUGCUUUUCCCCCAGUUUCGACUCAGUUGCAAUACAUCACUGGAUUAGCGGGCAGGCAUCCUAGUUCUGGAUCCCAGUAUACUAAAGUACCUGAAAAAGCUUUUGAUAUAUUUGGAACUAACAAGGGUUUGAAAGAACGCUUACUCUAGCUCAAUCUCAUCGAGAAGUGUUUUGCAAGGAUUGUAUCAUACCCGGAGGACGAUACAUUGUCUCAUCAUACAUUCAAAUCUCUACCAUUUCGGGCGUUUCAAUAAUCAUUUUUACUGCAUGGAUGCAUUUAUUGAGUUAAUCAAAGGCACGUCCCAUGUAAGAGAAUUCAAGACAUUGUUUGAUUCAGGAUUCCAUGGGGUGGAUUCCGGAUCCAGGUAUUGGAGUCCCAAAAAAAACAUCUGCAAGAGUUGAAAUUCCGAGAGAAAUAAACAAUGAAGUUAUUCAACUUUUUAGCGAGGGGAAGGAGAGGGUGGGGGUCCAAUGUAAAAGUAUCCCCGGUCUAAAAGACAAGGGACUCUGAAUUUCAUGACCCUAAUUCGUUUACAUGCAUACAUAUUUUAUUAUCUUUCCUUAAAGAAGGCUUUUCGCACCGAAUUAAGCAAGCUUUUGUGGUAACCUAACAUCAUGGCAUUAGAUUUUAAAAAAAAAAUGUUUCUAAACACUACUGCAAAUUAAACCCGACCGCAAGAGAUCUUACGAGCAGCUCCUACACUACCCACCGCAAAUGAUCUCCAAAUGAAAACAAGAAUAAACCCAAGAGGUACAAGUGAAAAAAAAUAGUUCUUGAACAGCAAUGCAGUGUCUUGCUUAAUUAAGCAGUGGUUAACAUUUAACACUGAACAUAAACAUGACUGUAGACAAUUCCGAUGUAAUGUUAAAAUAAUUCUCAAAUCCGAUUGAUCUCAGUAUUGAUGGUUUUCACGGUGACGUCAUCAGAUUGCAAAGUCAAAAAAGCGAGGUUUUACGAAUUCUUAUUUACACUAGGUUAAAGAUUAAUAGGAAAUAAAUCUUUGUACAAGUUUCCAGCCGCGAGGCAUGUUUCAUUUCGAAAAUACAGCAGUUUGAACUUCCGAGUUUUCACAGUGGGUGACACCAAAAGAAGAAUGCUAUCUCCUUGAAAAAAGUCUCUCCGCUUGAUUUUCAGAAGUUUAACCAUUUCAAGUAUUAGAAGAUAUGUUUAUGCGCAAGUAUGCUAGUUCUCGAGUGAAAAGGAGGUGCUUUUAUAGAAAAAGUGAACUCCAGAUGUUUUUGUUGAUUUCCGGCGGCCAUAUUGGUGGACAGUUUCUGUCCACCAGUAUGGCGUCUCCAUACAAAGCUCUACAAAGGUGCGUGAAAUGUUUCGGCAACUAACUCAGAAACUGUGGGCCACAAAGACCUGAGAUUUGGACAAAUUGUUUAUAUAUUAGUCUUUUAUAACAUUUCAUUUUCUUGGCUUCUUCCACUGGACGGUUUCAAAUGUAUUUUUUUGUGCCGUGUUUAUUGCGUGACAGUGAAAACGAAGAAUUAACUUGAAAGUCCCUGAAACCGAUCCCAAAUAAAAAAUUGCUGCAAAUUAACGCUCUUACCGCUUAGGAAGUAUUUGCUGAUAGGCAAAAUAAUUUCCUCUCACUCGUUGCUUCUUUACUCAUUCCCUGAUUUUGUAUCUUUAAUUCAGUCACUGUCUCCAGCAACAAAGGCGUCUACCGAAUUAAACCGAAAACCACUUGAAAACCUGUACAGAGCGAUUAAUGCAUUCAGGGUUCUUUUGUCCUUAUUCCUCGGCAUAAAAUUGAAAGACAAGUUUCAGCGAAACAUUAAUGCUUCAAAGAAAGGAGGUUCAAUUGCCAAAAGAAGCAAGACGGUCGUUUAUCUUUUUAUUGAUUCCAUUGUUUUUAAAACGCUAGUGGUUCAAUGCAAUUGCAAGUUCUAAGUACCAUUCAUCGCCUGCGAUCGCAGACGUUUUCCGGUUGUUACUUCUCUCCACCCGAAAACUGAGAAGCGACGACCGGAAAUACAUUACUGACUGCACUACUCAUAUUCCGUACCCAAAAUCCAUUCCAUUCGUCUAACAAGGGGUAAUUAGCGGUCUGGAGAUCAUUUUCGCUACAGUUCCUUUCAUGUAGGACCGCUCAUCGCCAACCUUCACAUUCUUUUCUAAAGUCUUCCAGUCCUAAACAACACCCUGUUCAAGACGCUAUAAAUAGUGAAAUUGUAAGACCCAAGACUCUGAAAACAAUACCUCCUCGCCUCGGCAAAAUCCCAUCUGCGCUAAGGGGGGAGUACACCUUAGCGGAGAUGCCAACCCCUGGAGAUCUAAACGAGAAUCAAAUUAUUAAGUUCUCAUCUGACCGGACACGUUGAAGUUCGAUGUCCCCGUGGGAAAAAAAAAACAUAUCAGUGAUUACAAACAUUGCUUUGAUGCUGUUGCAAAAGCGAUUUAUAGCGGAGCUCCACGUUGUGGGCGGAGCCCCAUAGCUAAGGUAAUCUACCCAUCCCAGAAAAUUUGGUAAUCACGUGACCGUACACCGAACGAACGAACGACCGUCCGUCUGCACCACAGGGAAACCAAUGUUUACUCUCACACUUUCUGGCCAGUUUACGAGCCCAGGAGAAAACUAAUUGCACAUCAAUGUUGUGAUCAAUUGACAGCUGUCAAAACAGGGUAUCCGCUGACCAGUAUCACCUGACCGUACCGCGCGCUCAAGUGUCGACCCAUGGCGGUCGAGUAUUUUUUUUAAGUUAUGCGUUGACAAACUACUAGUUUCAAAUGAUCGCAGGCUCAAGUUUAUUUUUUCCAAUGAUUCAUAUGAAAUAUGUGUUGAUGUCACUAUGGCCCCGCACUAUUAAGAUUUUGAUUUCAAACUGUCCUCGGACGAGUUGGUCACGCUCUACGUCCAAUUUUUAUCCUCUGAUUGGUCAAAAUUUGACAGGUGAGUUCAUGCGGAAAAUUUAUGCAGCAUCUUGAAAGUUGUUUACUUUUACAGCUUGCGUUGAAGCUUACAGAGUUUUGUGUCAUGUAAUGUUUUUUACUGUCUUUUUCCACUGGAUGUUCAAAAUGAAAUACAGCUGCUAUCAAGAGUUUUCUGUUACUCAUGGCUGGUUUGUUUAUUGGGUUUUUGAUUUAGAAAUGCGUCGCUUGUCGAAAUUCGUUAAUCCGAUUUCGGAUGGCAUCGUUUUCGUUUUUCACCUUGCUUAUAUGCGUAAGAGGGUUUAAAAGUCUCAAGCAACUGUGGCAUUCCUUGAUAGCUUUCAGGAACUGAAUCUAGAUUGGUAAGCCUGAGUAAUUAUUGUAUUUGGUGUUUGUUUUUGUGAUAUCUAAUUUCAUGAAGUCGAGCACAGUUUAUGGGGCAAGUUUAUGCACGUUUGUAAGAUUGAGUCAAUGAUCUGACCUAGUAUCAGGUUUGAUAUAGGCUUACAGAACUGUAAAAGGCCUUCAGAUAUAUUUUCUCAGCGCAAAUCGAAAGAAAACGUUCCGAAGAAUAUUUAGUUAUAAAUUUGGCUGUAGAAAGAAAACUUUGAGCGAUUUUCUUGCUUCGAGGAGUUCAUCUUUGAAAAAACCAAACACCGGGAGGCCGGCUUAAGUAAAACAUAAUUAACUUAGCUUUAAGCCUGGUUUCCAUAUGAUCGUCCGGAUCGUUCCGAUCGUCCCAGUCGUUUCAAAAUAUUUCGAGACGAUCCGGACGACUGGGGCGAUUGGUAGUUUCCAUAUGAUCGUUUCGAUCGCCUCAAAGGCAAUAGACGCGGGGUCGUCAGCGAUGUCUCUGGGUCAGACAAUAGAAUUUUUACGCGUGUUUUGCAAACAAGCCACAUAAAUGGGUGAUUUUUAUUCGUAAAGCGAACCUCGUACCAUAUCUGCUUCUUCUCUUGAUUUUGCUGCAUUGAGAAGCUAGAAGAGUUCCCCGAAGACAUAGUAUCUCUUCUAAAACUUGAUGUCACGGACUGUCUCUAAUUUCAAAUAACCCACAUACUCGCUGCGAACAUUUGUGUAUUAAUUUUUCGGCUUCAGCGCCAUCCCGGCCGCAUUUAUUCUCGAUUACUGGAAUAAAAGUGAUGACUUCUGGGAUAGCCUUCGAUCGUCCCGAUCGUCUCAGUCGUCUGAGAGCAUUUUCAUAUGAUCGCUUCAAAAUUUACAUGAUCGUCCCGAUCGUCCCGAUCGUCCGGAUAGAACUCAAUUCUAUCCAAGCGAUUGAGGUCGUCUCAGUCGUCCGGGUCGUUUGCGAUCGUCUGGGUGGCGUUUCCAUAUGAUCGUCCCGAUCGUCUGAACAUUUUUUGAGAUGACUGGGACGAUCCGGACGAUCCGGACGAUCAUAUGGAAACCAGGCUUUAAGCUAUUUAAGACUCAGGAUUUUUAGGGACACUUUAAUAGCUGUCUUCGUGAAUUAUAUUUCUUUUAUUGAUUGUUAGUAGUCUCUCUUGCAAUUUUAAUCGCUGUACGUGCGGUUUGUUUUCAUCGUUCAUGAACAUCGCUUGCAGGAGUACUCAAAAAUGUCGCGCGUAUCAAACGCUUUAUAAGAUUACACAUCGUUAUAACUGAAACCAAUAAAUAACAAAAAAAAUAAUAAUAAAUUCGUUAUUAUGUUGAAGCGUAACUCUAUUAAAGUUCAUUCAAACACUCGACCACACUGACAGCUCGCACUAGGAAUGAGAACCCGCUGGCCGUAUGGGUGAUUUUGGAAAUUUUUUGAACGGCUUCGCUAAAAGCUCACGAUUGAUCGCCCUGAAUAUUGACUACGUGCAAUUUGUCUUGAAAAAUUGUGAAAUACCGCACUCUGCCCGAGGUCUGUAUGAUAAAUAGUACUGUUUCACCUUAGAUGUGUUUUAUAAAAAGUAUAAAAGGUUGGUUUACACAGCCCCAGAUUUGCUGGCAAGAAUUUGUAAAGUAAACCUGUCGAAAGCAAAAAAAAUUCGGCCUGAUUUGUUUUCCAGGAAUUUGUUUUCAAGGCCUAAUCUACUGUGAUCAAGAGCCAUUGUGACUCUUGAAUGUGAUCGAAGAUGUUUGCUAUUUUUUGGGUGUACAUAUAAGUCUGUUAACUCGAUGUAAGAUGUUUCAAUCUAAAAUAGCUUAGCCUUUCCCUCAAAAGUCACACAAAUGUGCCCUUAAGUUAACCGAUUUGUAGAUUACAAGUUUAUUGUUUAAUUUAAAUUACAAAUUUGUUAAUGGGAGCUUCGCUUUUGGCCCUGGAUAAAUCUAUGUUGAAUAAACAAUUGUUCGCGCCCUCGGCUGUCUAAACUUGACAGGCGUUUGUCACUUUUCUAAUCUGCGGCAAGUUUGCGGUGACAGUUUUCAUGCUUUGCAGAGUCCAGGGGUUUCCGAGGUGGAAAUGAAUAUGAGAGAUCGUUGCAAGCAACCUCGUUCCCAGGGUUCUCUUCUACCCGCCCUACGGAGCGAGAGAGAGAGAGAGACCCUGUAAGACACUGGUCACGUGUCUCCCAGAAUCUGGGAGAUUACAAGCAAACGAUUUGCGGCAGGGACAGACAAGUGUGGGAUUUGUCUCUACAGAGCAUAUACAAGGUAGUAUUCAUACCGAAAGGCACUAGAUUUGAAUUGCCGUUUCUAUUUUGUGGAGGCCACUUUAGAAAACAAAUGUAUAGUAUCUGUAUGUGUUUUCAAGACUACUACCAGUGCAGGUUAUGUUGUCUGUUUUGUCUCUGUUUAUGUUACUUUAUUUCCUGUUGUCUUCCAUUUCGCGUUGAUGUAUAAUUAUUUUUAUCUUUGAUCUUUUUACCACUUUUCUAUUUCCGCAUCAUAGCAAAGGUUAGGGAGUGAAAAAUGCUGACAUUUUAGGCCAUAGCUUUCCGUGAAGCCACUAGAUCUAAAAUAUGACUUUGAUCGUAAAUGUAUUAACUCAAUUUAACUGCCAUGUUUUGUCCCGGGGGUUUGUCACGCCGAUCCGCUAAGACCGCAAAUAGUGUAUUUGGCCCGAUUACCAGCCCGCUGUCUGACAAACAUUGAAACUUUUGGUAUAGAAGUUCGACAAACAGGGAUUUUACCUUCAAAAAAAAAAAAUCGCUUGUGUAUAACUCAAUAUCGUAGAUUUUUAGCGAUUGGUGUUAUCGGUUAAACAGGCGACUGACGCUAGCUUUUGAUUCCUUCUCUGGUAAGUCUCUGGUUUUUCUGAUAGUUUUGUUAGGCAGAAAUUUCCCUUAGUUUCAGUUAUAGCUGUUGUAGGGUUAGCAAAUCUGUCUUGCUGUUGCGAUCACUUCGUGAACGUUGCGAAUAAACGAGACAAAAAAAAAAUGUGAGACAAAGGACUCCUCCCUCAGAACUAAUUUUGUUCUGGAGACACGUGACCAGCGUUUUCCAGGGUGUGUGUGUGUCUCUCUCUCUCUCUCUCUCUCUCUCUAGAGGAAAAGUAGGGCACUUUUGUUACUUCUUUCCCUUUUGAUAAUAGCAUGGUCAAUUUAAAGUGGUAACUCGUGAAACUUAAACUAUACACAGUUCACUUAAAGUAACAUACGCAUGUAAAAAGACAAAUUCGAGCGUUAAAACAGAAGAGAAAAAGCUGCAAAGAUGUCACAAAAAGGUUACAAAAGGGCCCUACAUCGUGGUAGGUGCUUUUUAAAAUGCUUUUCACACCUUUUUUGCAUUUAAUUGUAGCUAUUACUUUACCAUUUAUACUCCAUACGAUUCCCUCGCUGACCACAACACUUUAAACUGGAGAUAUCGAGGCCGGGAAAAAAAACGCCGUGAACAUGUUUGACUUUUCAUGUCCAUGAAAGGAAUCACGAUUCGGAAAAAGCCCAUUUUUGAAUGGAAAGUUUCAAAACGUCAGUGUGACCUUUUUGAACCAAUCAGCAACCGCAAAAUUGUGGUGGGAGUUUAGUUAAGUCUAUUGUUAAUCUAAUAAGUGAAACACAAAGUGAAAUGGUCGUUUCCUUAUUUUUUGGUGAUUUUUUAAAGUUACUGAUAUCUCGAAAGUGGCCCCGUUACGAAAGUUCCCUUUUUGCUAGAAGUUCCAGCAAGCAAUUUUACCGUAAUUUGUAAGAGAUAAAAAUCAAAAAAGCAAUCAAUCUAAACACCACUAAAGUAGAAGUAAGUGGGCGAAAAUACAGGUCCUUCCUUUAAAAAGUAAGGCGCUGGGCCAGCGGAAAGGUGUUCUAACCCCUUUUACGCAUUUUGCGCUAUUGGGUAUACGGGUAUAUUGUUUGCGCAAUUACAAGUAAAUGCGUGAGUCCUUUCCAUCGAUGAAUUAUGAAGUUAUUAAGCAUGAUGGAAAUAAUUUUAAUCAAGAAAAAAAUCAUGUGUGGUCACUGGUGUCAAACAUGCACAAUGGAAAGUUAUUCAAUUUCAGCGCUUCUCUAAAGGCCCCGCCUUUAUUGCGUAGUCAAAUAGACUACAGGUUAAGGAUCAUUAAGGCUAGGCUCCAGAACCAUUUGAGCUUCUACUUUAAGCCGCAUGAAUCUAUCAAACGGGACAACGGUGGACAACGAGUUCUUUUAUUUCAACGCAGGACACGGCAUUGAGGGCACAGCGAUAAGCAAGACAAAGUAGUACACAGCAUUCCCGUAAGUCUUCAUCGUCGUUGACAACGCUCAUCAUGGCCUAUUCCGUUCAUCUCGCAGAUGGUCGCACUUACCAGAAAUCUCUUUGUUUUUCUUAACUCUGCUUUGUAGAGAAAUUUUCAAAAUGAAAUUUAAUGUAGGUGAGAACAGACGAAUUUCCAGAUCGGCUUCGCUUUAGACAAGAAGGGGGUUGGUUCCAAAAUGCUAACCAAUUCUUAAUGGAAGAUAUGACUAAAAGAUACUUGCAGUGAAUAAGCCUUUAGACUUCUUACUUAUGAUGAAAUAUUAUUGAGUAUGCGACACGACUUAGUCGAUCGCAGAGCUAAAUUUUACCACUCAUAUUUGCCUUUUCCAACAAAAAGCGACGGCAGUAACGGAUCACGCACAGUGAAGAAAAUUGAGCAUGAGGGUUUAUCGGUACUCUGUACGUCAGGUAAGGGUGAGUCACUUUUUUAUAGGUUUUCUUUUGGUAAAAACAAGUACCAUUUCAAUGAUCAACUAAAAUUUCUAGAGAGGACAACACUUAUUUUCUUCUCUCCACAUUGGUACGCGGCUGCUGACACUAAAAUAGGCAAAACGGUAGAUUCGAAUUCAUUGCAAUGUUUAAUUUCAGCUGUGUAACAACAACAAAGGCUAAUAAAACUUUACAACGAGAACACCCGUUGGUAAAGAUUACGAGUACAAAUAUGGUAGAUGCAUAUGCAACAUCGCACGCCCCUUGGAUUUUUGCUGUUGUAAAGUAUAAAAAUAACAACCAAAUGCGCGGAACAUCACAUCAUCAUCAUCAUCACUAUCACAUCACUUUUUAUUGGGAUCAGGGUAGAAAGCACUGCGAGUGGAAAAUCAAAUAGACGGUAGCGAAAAUAAAUCUCCGCCGCCUUGAUUAUGAAUUAAAGUUAUUCACUCCUCAAACUGACCUGUGUAGAACUGAUUUGCCUAGUGUGAAAAUGGAUCAUGGGAUACAUACAGCAAUGUAGGCUAUGCAGUGUGCUCACAGUCAGACAGCGGUGUCUACCAAUUCGCACAGCUUCGUCGAUCAACACGUGCUUUUUGCAUCGCCGAUCUUACAGUCUGAUUAGUUUCGUAAUAAAUUUAAAGUACGUCCAGUGACGAUUUUUUAAGGUAAGUUUGGUUUAAUUUGUUUUUCACUCCCAUAAAAUGUAAAGAAGAUAUCUGCACAUCACAAAAUGGCAUCAACGCCAGUGAGCAUAUUAUUGUAUUAAAGACUUUAUAAGCUUUACAUGUACGCAUACAACGGGAGAGAUUUAAAAGAAAGCAUGUUUCAGGAAGCUGCGUACUGUCAUGCCCGAAAAACCGCAACAAAAAAUAAGCCAUGAUCCUGAGAAAGAAAGCCAAGAUAUUGAAUCAUGCUCAAAGAUCUCCGCCGAGGAGGAGUGUCAGUCCACGACGUCAAAAGUAACCUGGACGGCUGAAAGGGAAGCUGUCUUGCGGACUGUCUUUCAAGAGGAGAUUAACCAAAAGGAGGUCACCAUGGAGGCUGUGAGGUCAAAGAUAUCUAAUCAUGCUGAACUCAAGGACGAAGAUCCUAAAAGGGUACUUGACAAAGUACGCUCACAGUGGAGGUAUGCAAAACAAUCUUCUACUGAAAUUGUGAGUCUCCCUUCGGAGCAGGAAACGUUACAAGAACGUGUCCAGAGAUCACUGGAAGAGGACGCAAACAGUGACAUAAUUCCACCAACAGUAACAAGCAGCGUAAAGAAUAUGUUUUCCUCUUCUGACAAGGAAAACAUACAGGAAGUUUUUCGUGACAUGAUUGAGAAAAAUGCCCCAAUAUGUAAAACCACAAUUAAGGAGCUUCUUCAAAAGGAAAGUUGGGGUAGAAGUAUCUUAAAGAAAGCCUCCUUAGACACUGUACUUAAUCGAGUAAAAUAUGAAAGACGUCUUUACCAAAAUUCAAAAAACGUCUAAAGUCAAUUGACAGUAUGAUUGUCAAUAAUUCAGUGGAAAUGAACACAUCAAAUGAACAUCUCUCCUAACCCAUGCUUUAAUCUGCGAAAACCAGUGUAGAUAUAAUUUCUGUAUACCCAGGGCUGGUGAGGGGGAAAUGAGCUUAUUUGAGCUUGCAUUAUGACGGUGCAGGUGUAUUUACUUUAUUCCUGUUAAAACAGCGAUUUUAAUGAGUAGGAAUAAAUGUUACCAAAGUUUCUCACUUUGUUACAAAAGAGCCCGAUCUGGGUUUUUGGGAGUAGCGUACACACAUACAGAACAAACUAACGGUCUUUCUUAGGGUGUUUAGUCACAUAAACAAGUUUAAUUUUGAUUUCGACAAUAUUACCAACCUACUCAAAUCCGUUGGCUUUGAAUAGGAACAUUUUAAAUAUUGUACCGCUAACGUUCGGGACAGCGUGGAAACCAUUUAGAGGGGUCUUAUCGUGGUUUAUCUUCAGCCCGCUUUCAAGUGCACCUUUUUAUUGAUUUACAAAGAACCGGCUCUUCAAUUUAUUAAAAAACACGAAUAACCUGUUAGAAACAAUGGUGAUAGCACACAGGGUUUACUGUUACUCUGGUUAUUGUUCUAGUUUUAGGAGUUGAAAUCAUGCGUGGAUCCAUUUGCAGCGUACGCGUACGACUAUCGCAUUUGUCCGUUGAAGUAUUUUUUGGUUGUUGUUCUUUUUAUGCUUUACAACAACAAAAAAAAAACCGUAAGGGGCGGGCGAUGUUACAAAUGAAUGACCAUAUGUGUACCGGCGUAAUGUUUACUAACGAGCGUUUUUUAAUAUAGGAAAGGUCUCGUUGUAAACGUUUUUUAAGCUCUUUUGAACUCUUGAACUUGAGUUAUUUUUAAACUUUUAUUAGUCUUUGUUGUUGUUACAGUUAAUUUGAUCCAAAUACACUCUUUUUUAUAUAAGAAUGUUGUUUUUCCGGCACGGGCUGAAUGUUUUUAUUUUACUGUCUAUUUAAGGUUGAAAAUAUUCUUGAACUAUUCUUAAAUUAUAGCUUAUGGUAUUCCCAUUUUAGAAUGUAUUGAGGUUUCAAUUACCAGUGUUCUUUGUUUAGAUCUGUUUAAAAUUGAUAAUUUUAUACGGUUAAGUUAAAGACAUAUGACUGUACUGUACAGGUAUUUACAGAUUUUUCAACAUCAAAUUUAGUCCUUUUCAAAUUCUCAGCCUGGGGUUUAUUCUUAAAAUUUCGCAAUUUUGCCUUGAUACUCUCAUAAAACAUAUUCUUAUAGGAUAAAAAAAAGAGUGUAAAGGAGAAUGUUAAUUUAGGAGAAGUCUUGAAUUUGGGUUUUUGUAGACUUAUAUUAGUCGUUGUUAUUGUUACACUUAAUCUAGUCUGAUCCUAUUAAUGGGAAAUGCUCAUGUGAAGCCUUGAACUUUUAUUAGCCUUUGUUGUUACACAGGUGAAAUUAAACAAUGACAUUACGAUGAAUUCGCCCAAAUCUAUCAUCAGCCUAUUUUCAAGUGUACAGAACGACAUCACAAUAUAAGCUUUUCAAGCUUCGCGCGCUCUAAGUCAAGUCAUUGUUUAUUAUAUAAAGACAGUAGUCGCCACACUAAGGUCAGUAAAUAAUUAUCAGCCAUUUGGGAAUUUCGUUUUCCAAGUGAACCCAACCCAUGUUUCAAAUUCCGCAAAAAUGGCGAUAUAUUUACUGUAUACCCAGGUUUGGUGGGCGGAAAGAAGAAGGAUGCCGGAAUUUUCUCAUUGUUAGUGAAAGUAAGGUACAAAACCGACUACUCUGGAGUAAGAAGGGAGAAGUUAGAGCUAACUUUUUUUUUGAACGGGCCGGCGUUGCGCUCCAUACAGUUCCAUGUAACAUAUUCUACCGCUGAUCCUAGUUUUUAAAGUAACUUCUUUUUUGAACUGGCCGGCGGCGCGCCCCAUACAGUUCCAUAUACGAUAUUCUGCUCGUACUAGCUUGAACUUAAUUUUAAAAUGACAACUUUUAUUUAACUUGCAUGUCGUAAGAAAGGCUAUUAACUUUCGUAGGACGGCGCACCGGCGGACAUUUCAAAAGCGACUCAAACAUAUUGCCAGAAGAAUGUAUCAAUGUAAGGCUACAUAAGGCUAUAUAGAAAACCAGCCUUUUUAGACUAUAAAAACAUCAAUUGAAAAAAGUCGAAAAAUUGACAUUUUCCCAAAGAGAUUAGUCCAUGGUUUUGGUAAAAAUUAUGAAUUUCUUCUUCUUUUCUUUUUAGGCCAAAUAGGCUAAGAAAAAGUGUUUCGUAUUGUUCUAGAUAGAAAACCAGUCUUUUUAGACUAUAGAAACAUCCAUUUAAAAAAGUGGAAAAAUUGACCGUUUUCCAAAGGGGUUAGUCCAUCGUUUUGGUCAAAGUUUUGAAAUUUCUUCGUCUUUCUUUUAAGGCGGAAUAGGCUAAGAAAAGGUGUUUCGUAUCGCUCUAGAUAGAAAACCAGCCUUUUUAGAUUAUAAAAACAUCAAGAUGUUCGGAUAUGUACGGCCAUGCACGGCUAUGCACGGCUAUGUACGGCCAUGCACGGCUACGUCAGCCAUGUACGGUCAUGCACGGCCAUGUACGGCUAUGUACGGCCACGCAAAGGCUAUAUAGGGCUAUGCACGACUAUAUACAACAAUGCAAAGCUAUCCACGGCCAUGCACGACUAUGCACGGUUAUGUACGUCUAUGUAUGGAUAUGCACGGCUAUGAACGCGGCUAAGUACGGCCAUGAACGGCCAUGUACGGCUAUGUUCGGCGCGCCUCAUAUUGCCCCUUCCUGUUACAUGCAACAUAUUCUACUUGUGAUUACUAGCUUGAACUUCAUUUUACACAGGUAAAAUAAAUCAAUCACAUCACGAUAAAUCAGUAUCUAUCAUUAUGCCCAUUUUUUUAAAGUGCACGAUCCGAGAGCGAAAUAUUAGCAUUUAAGCUUCGGGCGCUCUGAGUCAAGUCAUUGUUUAUGUAAAGAAAGCAGUCGCUAAGCUAAACUCAGCAAAAGAAAAAAAAACACAGGCACACAGUUACGCGUCUAAUUCUUUUUUAUUAGCCAUUUGGCAAUUUUGAUUUCAAAGUGAACCCAUGCAACGGCAUGUUUUCGUUUUCAGUUUGCAAAAAUCAUAAUACAUUCUUACUGUAUAUCCAGGUGAUAAUAUUUACUUUAUUCUUGGCACAUAGUGAGGGAAUGACGAAAAAAAGAUGAUUUGAAUGAAUAGAAAUGGGUGUUACCAAAGUUCCUCAUUUUGUUACAAAAGUGCCUGAUCUGUUACGAAAGUGCCCGAUUUGUUACGAAAGUGCCCUACUGCCUGUUACGAAAGUGCCCUAUCAGAGUUACAAUAGUUCCCUACCGUUACAAAAGUUCCCUUCUUCGUUACUAAAGUGCCCGAGGUGUGUUACAAAAGUUCCCUUUUUACGUUACAAAAGUGCCCACUCCUCUGGCUCUCUCUCUCUCUCUCUCUCUCUCUCUCUCUCUCUCUCUCUCUCUCUCUCUCGCUCCGUAGGGCGGGUAGAAGAGAACCCUGGGAACGAGGUUGCGUUCCAAGCUCUCCUUUCCUCCGCCCCUUGCUCGCGCGUUCUCGCGAGCCUCGCCCAAAUAGGAGAGCUUGCUCGCAGGCUAGAGAAAAACUAACAUGGCGGUCCUAACUCUGCCAAGGCCAGGCUACAUACGCAUAAUUGCAUAAUUAAGUUAGUGCGCGAAACGAUGCGAAUACAUUACAGCACUGACAAAAUAUUGUUUGUUCAUAGCGCAAUGAUUACACCCUGUGGGGUCUGUACACAGGUUACGCAAAUUAAGCUUCUUUCUACUAUCCGCUGCUCUCGGCUAACACCCCGAUUCUUUCACCUGUUUCGAAUUUUUGAAAGGUAUUCUUUCUCAUGAGAUAGAAUGUAUAGUAAAUGCCAACUCCAGGAAACCAUAGUGCAAGAUUCUAAAUUGAACGUUGUAUUUCCGUGUAGGAAACAUGUCGAGAUUAGCUGGCUCAGCAAUUUCACAGGGACCACUUGUUGGCCGAAUCGAUCGCUGGUCAGAGUGGAGACCAACAAAUAAGGAACCACUCUGGCUCCUUCUCUCAGGUGCCACAGAUCCGCCAAAAGAAAUUGGAAUUUCUAAGAGAAGAACUCGGGAUGUACAAGGGGAUAGAAAUGGCGCAUUUCUUGCUGGCGUGACUCGUGAUUUAGUCAACAUGGAAGACGUGGUUGGUACAAAGCUGUUCAACACUGUUAAAGAUCUUUAUUUAACCAAGAAGGCAGCUCUAGGACAUAUCAUGAGGCUCUUUGAAAAAUGCCAGCACACAAGGGCCCAUCCUAUGUUGUACUAUACAGGGCAUGGUGAGAUUGGCACUGGAAACUGGUGCUUUGCGAAUGGGACAAUCAGUAUCCAAGAAAUAUUUGACAAGGUGCCUGUAGGCUGCAUCUACCCGAUGAUCUUCAGUGAUGCCUGUUACAGUGGCCACUGGGCAAAUUUCUGUCUCAACAAAGGUAUUCCCGGUUUCCACUGCCUCGCUGCAUGUCCGGAGUAUUCAACAGCUCUUGAUACCAAAGGUGUGUAUGUUCAACUUACUUUUCAGUGGUUACCACUAACACGCGCCCUCUGUCCGUUGAAACCUGAGUUUUCGUGGACGUCAAUCAACUGUUUCCAUGUUUCUCUCAUGCGCUCUGACAGAGAAGGUUCCCUCAUCGCUGAAUUGAAAAGGGCGAAGAAUAAUUUCGAAUGACGACAGCGUUUUUGAUUAUUACAUUUAUUUAAGAUGAGGGAUUACAUUGUUAAAACAACGAGGUCUCUGCGAGCGGAGUGAAAUAGCCGAAACACUCUCUAUAGCUCACGUAAAGGUGUUAAGGUUGUUUAUUUAUUUAUUUGAUUGUAUGAAAACACACGAGCCAAGGACGAAUUCCCAAGGAGUAUAAAUUCAAGAAACGAAAGAUCUCACACCGAGAAGGGAAAAUCCAAAUCUAGCAAGAAAAAUUAAUCGCCUUUAUCUGACGCCGUGCAGUAUUUUAGUGGUCCCUAGAAGCAUUUCAGCGCGUCCAAAUUUAAAAUGACGCAAAUCGUAGAACAUUUAUUCAGUAAUCUGAGUCCGUCAAGACUCCGUGAAGUUUCAAACUGGUGUCAUAAACUUGAGUGAGCGGCAGCGAAAAGAUGCCUGAUUAAAGCUUACAUAACCAUUUAAAUGGUUAGAAAAACGUUAGUUUUUUCGAGGUCCGAUAAACAACAGGAUUUCGCAUGCAAUAGCCUACAAACUGAUUGACACAUAGUACACAAAUUAUCACCUUCCUAUCUGCAAAAACCAGCCUAUAGUUCAAGGCCAUUAGAGCCCGAUGAACUAGACCUACAUCCAAUUUUCAUGAGUCGAGAGUUGCUUUUCCAAGGUACAAUCAAAUAACCUAAACGCCGAAGAAAUUGUUUUUUAAAUUCUAUUUUUAUUAUUUUAAUAUUUUAUUAUUGUUAUUACUAUUAUUUUUUUUAUGGCCAGCACAGAAUAUCUUCGAAAAUAUUUUGGCGAAUGAGCUCAACCAGGCGACCACAUACCUGAGUUCUGCCUGUCGACACCAUGUGAAACUCACACACUUUCGCGGCACUGAUAAGACUAUCCACAAUUACGCAUAAUCUUCUUAUGUUUAACACAAGAGAAAUAUCAUCGAACAACUCGGAAAAACUCAGCCUAUUGGCAGAUAAACACCUCUGAACUAUUCUCUUACACUCGUCUUAUUCAAGUUCCCGGAUGUACAGUCACAUGGUCGGCAGACCAGCCUAGACCCUGUUUUCACACCAGAAAAAAAGCUACGUCUUGGCCUGGGUCAUAGUUCACCUGCAAUUUUGGUCUCACCUAAUUCAAUUCACUUCUAAGAGCCUUUUCCCGAGGCCAAAGACUUAUUGUCUGCUUAGAAAAUAUGGUACCUCUCUCGGUUUCAGCCCGGAUCAGGGUGAUUGAUCCUUCUAGCCAAAUGAAACGAGAAUACAUAUAUCUUAUUGGACGGUUUAGUUUGUAGUAUCGUGGGAUAUUUUUACGCGUCACGCUGUAUUUUGGCGAGCCCAUAGGGCGAGUCAAAAUACAAGAAAGGAGUAAAAAUGUUCCACGAUACUACACACUAAACCGUCCAAUAAGAAAUUUAUUAUUCUGUUGUGUCUUGAACUCAUAAAGUGUCCUACGUUCUAUCGUUUUAAUAAUGUCAUUGUUGUUCAGGCGACUUUACUCUAGAAACUCGGUUUGAUUUAAGCGUACAAUUUGGCUCCUGUUACGUUUUUUUUUCCUUCGGAAAACCAUGCAUUUUCUGCAAUGUGCGACGUUUGUAGACUAAAACCGGUCAAACCGGUCUUCUGGAGUACAAAUACCGUGAGAUAUUUGUACUCGUUUUUAGCGUUAUUUGUACUCUAGCUACUGAGUGAAGUUGAAUUAAUCGCAGUCUAGCUGGCAAGUUUGCUCAAGAAAUGAAAAGAAAUGUAAGAGAUACUUAAAUUUGGCCUUCAGAAUGACCACCGUAUUCAAAUCUCGCAUGCACACAUUUCGUUGUUCAGUCAGGUGGCCACGUAGCCGAACAUACGGAUCGGGAGGCUUUCCUUGUUCAUAAACUCUUUCUAACUGAUUUAUUUUCCUUAUUACCACACUCUGUUUAAUUCAAGAUUGACCUUCAAACUUUGCCGGUAAGAUCUAGUCCAUUAAAAAUUCAAUGUUUGAAUUGAAGAUUGUUUUGAAUUGGUAAUUCUUCGCUGAAGAAUGCGAUAUAGGCGAAUCCUUGUUUACAGUUUUUGCCUCAUUUUAUUAACAUAAGUCAAUUAUCUGAUGAAGCAAAUAAAAUGAAAUUUCUGAAUAUUGAAAGAGCAUAAAAAUUUCAAUUAUCUCUGAAAAUUUAAGCCGGAUAUACCAAAUAUGGAGAAAUUCUCUUUGAAAAAACCCUAAAAUUUACAAAGAAUGUGUCAGCCCAUUGAAGUUUUGCCACCCAGUAAUUUUGCAGUUUUUAAUUGCUGCUACAUGUAUUUUCGUUGUUACUGAUUACAGAGAGCUGAAACUUGCAUAAACUGCAUACAUUAACAAGCUCUUUUAAUUUUUGAUCCUAAUUGGUGUACAUGUAUACUGCUACUGUAACAACUUCUAUGGGUUUAAACUCGUAUGCUAAUGAGCAAAAAUAUAAACAAGGACGUCACGAUGAAUCCACCCGUUGAAAUUAUCAUCUCAAUAUCGAAAUAAUUAAGUGCAAAUUUUAUUCUUCCCAGAGACGCUUCACCUGGUUUAACUGUCAUUUUUUUUUUUUUUUUUUUUAUUCACCGCGAUCAGACUUGCGUGGUGUUUCGGUAGAGUGGGUUCACAUUACCUAAACAAAUGGUAAUCGAGCCUACUUCUCAACAGUUUUCCUCUUCAUUUACCCCACGUAUAGAGGGAAAAAAAAAUCCUGUAAUAACGCCAAUUAUUUUUUUUCUAAUCCUUGAUUACUUACAUAUCUAUAAAAUGUGAGACAACUGUCGCAGUAACUGGAACAACCGUCCAGUCUCAAAGCGACAUACUAAAGUUUCGUUUAAGUAACCUUGCUUAUAUUCUAUGUGCUUCUUGUCUUAUUAUGUCUACUGACAUCCAGCAAUUUCCAAAUUCUUGGUAGAUGAAGGAGGUGAUCUAACGCUGUACAUGACAGGAAAGAAACCACGCCCAAGAACAGAGCCCAUGUAUAGUGGGGGAAAUUUACAUGACUUCAACAUCACCAGUGGUUACGAUACAGUUGAUUUCAGCGAUUUCAUCAGUAGCAAUCUUUCUAAUAGUCACAACAUUUUGAUUUCUUGUACCAUACAUGAUGGCACCUUCUCAGGAGUUUUUGCGAGUUCAAAACUUCACAAUCCAAGACCUGCGAUGACUUGGGGAUUUGCGAAGGACUUCGAUGAGUUUCUUGAACUCGCUAGAGAGGAAUGGAAACCAGUGAAUGGUAAGUCAAGGGGGAUAUAUUCCCUCACAUGUGAUAAGAACUUUGGGUUCGGGGUGUUGUUCAUGGAAGGCUAUGGCAGGGCUCAGACCAUUCUAACAAGCACGGCGCAUAUACAGGAGGAAUGGGAUGAUGAUCUUAUGAUAACUUCAUGUGCUGCCCUAGAUUCAAAAUUUUACAUUAUCAUGACAAAGGGCACUGGGGAGUACGAUGGAAAGGCGCAGCAGUGGUUCACCCUUGAUUCGUGGAAAGAAGCGAAUGAUGAAAUACAGGAGGGAUACCGAGACGGAUAUGCUCUCACUGGCAUAUCUUAUUCCAUUGAGCUGAAGCAGUAUUUUGUUGUGAUGACAGCCUCAAAGAGGAAACAGUGCUACAGGUGGUUUCGCACGACUGAAGGAAAAGCCAUGGAUGAUUGGGAAAAGAAGAAAUAUGAUCAGGGAUUCCAUACUACUAUCAUUUUCAACGAUCCAACCGACAAGAAAACUUUAGUUGUGAUGACUAAGGAUGAAAAUAGAUUGGGUCAUACACGUUGGAGUAAUGUCAAGUUAAGGUAG